AUGAACAAUGAAACUACAACCUUGAUGUCCUUGCAGGAGGCAAUGAAAAGAGUAGACAACAAACUCCAAGCUUUAGAAGCACAGUUUAAAGAAUUGGAUUUCACUAAGGAUAAUCUGACACAGAAAUUUGAAAAUCAUAGUAAGACUUUGGCAAUCCAAGCAGCCCAAGAUGAGAUGUGGACAGCAGUUCUGGCACUUAAGUUCACUCCAAUGGAAUUGAAUAUUGUAUACAGCUAUGUUGCUGAAGUACUUAUCUGCUUACACACUCAUGUGCUUGAGAAAUUGCCGGACCUGGUGAGAGGUCUUCCCACCUUAGCCUCUGUCCUUAGACGAAAAGUCAGGAAUAAGCGCAUUAGAGUUGUGUGGGAGUCUGUCCUAGAGGAGUGUGGGCUGCAAGAAGGAGAUAUCACAGCACUUUGCACCUUCUUUAUUGCGCAUGGUAACAAGGCAGAGCACUAUGCUGCUAAAGUGAGACAGAUGUACAUCAGGGACAUCACGCUCAUGAUUACUAACAUGGUGAAGAACCAGGCUCUGCAGCAAGGCUUGCUGAGAGCUGUUCACAUAAUUGAGAAGGGGAAAGCAGUGAGGAACCCUGAAGAGCAACCGUCAUCCUUGAAAGAGUUGUUACCAUCAGUCAAAAACUAA